CUUGCUUUACUCUUUGGUAUCAGCCCACCGUGCAGCGGAAAGUACCAAAACGUAAUGUUAGCGGACUGGACAAUUUGAAAAACUGUAUUCAGAACCUAAUCGGUGGGUGAUUAUAUCUUGGAAUAUACUGUUACAAAAGCAAGUAAUUUACGCAAUUACAUUAUAUUUCUGAAUUAAUUUGGUCCAGAUUAUCUAGAAUGUGAUUGUAAGUACUAGGUUUGACGCAUAAUCUUGCAAAUAGUUUUUCGCCUGGUAUUACCAAGAAAAGCGUGAAAUAGCUGGCAACAGUGAUAACGCAAAUUAAAAAAAAAUGAAUAUUGUAGUGUGAAAAGUCGCCGUUUUUAUUCAUUUAAAAUUUUUAUCAAGUUAAUAUAAUAUAUGGUUUUACUUUAUUAGUUUUUUUGAAGAUCUAGCAGGGGAAAACGACUAACGUUAAAUCAGUGGUAGUUUAUUUGCUAUAUUAUGUUUGUGAAGAUCCCUCCAAGCUCCAUUCUGACACGUUCUUGAGACGCCAUGUUUGUCACGUUUUUGCUAGUUGUGAAUUUAUUUGCCCAAAAAUUACACAUUUAGUAGUUUUUCGCAAGCUAUAAGCAAGUGUCUUAAAAUUUAUCCACAAUGAGUAGCGUGUUUUCGAAGAACAAGGGAAAGCGGUCCCGAUCAUCGUCUGGAGAAUCUAACAAUUCGUUCGUAAAGAACGUGACGUCACGGGUGUCGGGUUUGCUGCCAGCGACUAUAACAAAAUGGUUCAGCAGCCCUCGCUCGAGUGCCAACGGUUCGGCAGGAGGUACGGACGCGACGGACUCGUCGACAGAGGAUGAGGGCCCGGACAGUCCGGUGCAGCCCCCGAACAAGAGGAUGCGGCGAGAAGAACGCUCUUUCGGGAGCGCUGACGCAAGUUGCGUCACAAACAACAUCGAGACAAUAGAGUCAUCCACCCAAUACACAGUUCAAUCGCCGCCCGGUCGGACCACGUUCCGGCGGGAGACCAACUUCGUGUCCACACCCAUCAGGCCAGACGAGACCACGGACCGGUCCACGGACCGGACGGAUAAGGACACGACGGCUACCUUCACUCCAAACACGACGGCGGCCUCUAUAGGCCUCAGUGCUUCCAGAAAGAGGAAAUCUCUCUUCGGGGAUAAGACGCAGGAGUUGAGCGACGCUACUCAAAAGGCUUAUGCGAAAACAUCCAGCAACACACUUCGGGACCCUCGGCAGCCGACCUUCAAGCCCACGCUCCUCGGCUCGCCAUUCUACGCCGGCAAGACCACAUACGGUGGCGCCGCGUCCUCUUACAUAAAUCAGCCAAAUAUAUCACAGAGACAGAACACCACAGUGAAAGAGGCGCCAAGCACUAGUGAUAACAACAUGAGUACGUCCGCGAGGCGGAUCUUGGAGCUCCUAGAGUCGUACUCGUCACCUCUGAUGGACGCAAAGAGGAUACCUCACUACACGAGGCCGACAAGGCAAGAAGUGUUGAAGCGGCACUCCGAGAGCUCCACUUCACACAGUUUGUUGUCGCCUUACAACAAAACAAAUUCCUACAGAACGCAAGAGUUGCACGUGCCAAGCAUAGCGUCGAUCCUUCGACUGAAGCGGCGCUCGCGCCUCAACGACUCCACCAACGCUGCGCGGCAGCUCGUCGCGUCGCACAGUAGCUCCUCGCCCGAUUACUUGACGUACUCGACCGCUGCCAAGAACAGAGACCAAUCGGAGGUCGAUGGUAACAGCAAGUUUACGACUAAAGUGAAGACGAAGCGGACUAGGAUUCAUGGAAUUGAAGCUGACGCAUUAGAUACCCAUACAAUCACUCCAGUGGAGCUGCCGAAAGCAGUUUUACAAAUUGAUCCUAACAAUUUACCAAAUUUCAGCAUCCCAGUAGCCUCUAAAUCAAGUUCAAUAGAAAAACCUACUCCAACAACGCCAUUCGCCACUAGUACAUUCGCAUCUAAAACGGCCAGUGUCGAAAAAAGUAAGUCGGAAACAACAACUAGCAACAGUAUUUACAAUUUCGCUAAUCCAGUGAGAAUAACUAGUGAAUCUCCUAAGCCGACGUCAACGCCUCCCAAAUUCACAUUCGGUAGCCCAGAGAGAAGUAUAGACAAGCCUCUCGUUAGUGAAAAGACUUCUGAGCCUUCAAUAAUUCUAGGUGCGUCAAAAGAAAGCGAAAAAACUGAGGCAGCGGCGGCUGAUUGGAACUGCCCAGAUUGCUGGGUGAAAAAUAAAUCGGAUGCGGCCUCUUGCGUGUGCUGCGGGCACAAGCCCCAAGCUGCGGCCGCGGCGACACCCGCGCUACCCGCCAAAUGCUCCCUUUGCAAACUCGCCAACAGCCAACCCAACUCCGACAAAUGCGUCAACUGUGCAAAAGUUCAGGUCAACAACAUCACUAAGCCCCUCAAGGCGGACACCACCGCCAAGUGGUCCUGCAAGGACUGCUGGGCCAGUAACGACGACGCUUCCGACAAGUGCGCCUGCUGCGGUGCAGCCAACCCCAAGAAACAGUCCACACAAACUGUUCCUGCUGUGGAGAAAUCCGGAGGAAUGUGCUCUAAAUGCUUCUCUACAAAAAAUAGCAAUGGAACCUGCAGCAAAUGUGAAGAAAGCAAACCCGACAACACAUUCAAGAUUGUGCUUAAAUCCCAGGCCAACAAGUGGGAGUGUGAACAUUGCUUAGUUAGGAAUGACAGCGAUAAAACCAAAUGCGUCUGCUGCGAGGCCGAGCGCUCCGGAGCGCCCAAACAGCCAGAGAAGAAGCAAUUCAACUUUGGAACUGUCAACACUACAUUUAAAUUUGGCAUUGAUCCGAAAGCGCAAGAAGCUAACUUGGCUAAGAUGUCAGAGAAACCAGAAGAAACAAAAGAUAAAGUAGAAGAAUCAGAAACUAAUAAUAAUGUGCUAGCGAAGGCGCCGCCAACAUUCUUCUUCGGCAUACCUGACAAGAAAUCAGAGGAUCAGCCUUAUGCUCCCAAGGCGGCAGAAAAAUCAGCCGAGACACCUAAAGCCACCUUCACCUUCGGCGUUCCUAAACAGAACUCAUUAGCGCCAACCAGCACGCCGGCACCAUUAUUCGGGAUUCCAAAUAAACUUACUGAAGCUUCUAAAGAAUCCGAAAAGAAAGACAAAUCUGAGGAAAAGGAGAAGCUCAUUAUGAAUGAUAAACCAGAGGAAGUGAAAAAGGCAGUUGAGCCAGCUAAGCCACCAGUUAUGAUGUUUGGAUCGGCCCCAUUGGCAGACAAAUCUACAACGAAUCAGCUGCUAAGUACAGCGUUUACUCUAAAGAAGGAUGCCUCAAGCGCAUCACUCAGUUUGGCUACCACGAGCACGCCUGCACCUAUCCUGACUUUCUCUGCCUCAACAACCGGAUCAGCCGAGAAGACCGGCCUCUUUGGCGCUACCGCGACCACUACACCCGCCACUACCAUAUCCUUCGCGCCAACGACCACAGCCACAGCCACCUCAGCUUUAUCCAUGUUCCAAAAGACUGACGAAAAACCUGUAAAUACGAUCUUCCAAAAGAGUGAACCGCCGACGACGACCCCGACCUCCUUAUUUCCAAAGAGCGACGCGCCCGCGGCAUCUGCUGCCGCGCCGGUCUCAACAACCGCGCCUGCUCCCACAGCAGCGCCCAUGUUCAGCUUUGGCAGCUCUCAAGCGCAAUCGGGCGAUAAACCUAGCUUUAAUUUCACAUUUGGUAAUAGUAAUAAAUCUGACGUGUUCAAACCACCAACGUUCGCGGCGAAGGACAGCAGCACCACCGUUAACCAAUUUUCCCUCGGAGGUUCUACGACGGAAAAUCCUUUAGCGCCGAAUCCUUUGGCCGGAGGCAACGGACUGUCAGCAACUAACAGUUUGACUAGCAACUCUUUAGGCGGCAACAGUUUAUCGGUUAAUCCGCUAGCGGUGGGUCUGUCGCCCGGAAACGGCCUAUCCGCGGCCGCUCCUAGUAUAUUUGGGUCGGCAAUUCAGAAGGAGACCUCGUGGACACCGCCAAAUAACAGCACGGCGAAUCCGUUCAACGCGAAUGCGACCACGAACAGCGCGCCUAAACCUUUCUCGUUCGGAUCGUCGACGCCGUUCAGCGGGACCCCAGCGCCGGCAUUCGGCACGAACAACACGCAGACAUCGACGCCUGCGUUCGGAAGCAACUUGACAACGUCGCCACCCGCGUUCGGCUCGGCCACUCAGCCGGCGGCGGCGCCAGCCUUCGGCGCAUCUCAGACCGCGGCGACGCCCGCUUUCGGCUCUAACGUGCAAUCCACGCCCAAUAUCUUUGGAAUGCCUAGUCAGAACAGCCAGCCGUCCAUAUUUUCGACGCCGAACCAGAAUUCGACGGGGAUGUUCGGGUCCCCCACGCAGCCCGCUCAGGCGCCGGCCUUGGGCAUGUUCGGGCGGCCGAACGUGGGAGCCACGCCGACGUUCGGCACGCCGAACCCCUCGAUACCCACCUUCGAGGCGCCGUCGGCGCCGUCUCCAGCGCCCUCCUUCAACUUCGGAACGUCUCAAACUUCCUCCUUCAUGUUUGGACAACAGCCUCAGCAGCAGGCUCAGCCGCCGCAGACGGGCGUGUACAACUUCGGCGGCGCCGGCGGGCAGACGGCGCAGGUCCAGUUCAGCAUGGGCAGCGCACCCAGCGCCGGCGUGCGCCGCGUGCGCCGUGCCGUGCGCCGCAGCUCGCAGCGAUGAACCCCCGGUACAUUGGACCUGGCUAAUUGAGUGACCGGUAGUGUUUGGCAAAACGUCGAGUCCUCAUUAGACUCGUUUUAGUCACUUUGAGUUAUUUUAAAUUUAUAGAGACAAAAAAUUUCAAUUGUUGUUUACAAUUGUGGUUUAGAUUCCAUUACGACGAUUUUCUUUAUCGUUUAUUUAAAUAAACUGUAAUAUUAAUGAACAAGCCUAUUAAAACUCGAGUUUCUUUUAAAUCACUAAAUAGACCGAAUAAGGACUUGACGAUAAUACAAUUAUUUGAGUCUUUUAAGUGUCUUAAAAUUGAGUCGAUUUCUACAAAUUUAGACUCAAAAGACUCGAGUUCUUACCAACUCUAAUGACCGGUGCCGGCACUGUUUGGCUUCGUUGCUAAAAAUUACAACUUAACAGAACGGGAAAGAUUGAAUUUUAAAGUUGUUAGAAAAUAAUGUAUAAUCUUGCAUCUUGAAAACUAUUCCCGUUUAGAUUUGUACUAAAUUACUCGUCGGAACAAUGAUGUCAGUUCCCGAUUUGACCAAACUGGAUAAGCCAGAGAUGACCGGGCACUGACGUCAUUUACUUUACCGCUAUUUAGUUUAAUUAUGUGUUAGGUAUUUCACUUAGACGAAGGUUUUCUUUAGUAACAAAACUGCACAAAAGACGAUGUUGAAUUCGAGCUUUUGAGCGGUUUGCCCGUAUUGUUUUAGAUAUGCUGCUAUUGAUCUUCGUUUGCGUUAGCCACUUUGUUCAAUAUAUUGUUUUUUACUGAAAUGUUAUCAUCGAGCGUAUUAAAUUGUGUAUUAAUUGCCGUGUACAUGUCCUGUGAUACGUGUAUUACUGUAACAGAAUGAUUAUGCGAAUAAUAUGUGUAAAGUUUGUCAAAUCACCUGAAAUCAUUAGAUUAUUUAAAGGCCUAGUUUAUAUUUGCUCAGUGUUUCAUUAUACAGAUUCACGAACAGCAAAAUUUUACUCCUGAUCAUGUCUAUUGAAUCAACCUGUAGAAAAAUAAAACUUUUUUUACUCCUGAUCAUGUCUGUUGAAUCAACCUGCAGAAAAAUAAAACUUUUUUUUAUAUAUUUUACAGUACAUAUGGUGCUACUGCACUUUCUGUGCAUAUGUCGAAACUUUAAAGAGACAUAUUGUACUGUAAAACGUUGUACGAUACACGUGCAAAUAGGUAAUUCGCAACUCGUGUCGAUUUAAAACGUCCUCGUGGCCCUUUAAAUGUUCGACAAUAACGUAAUAUGCUAAUUUUCGCACUAGUGCGGUAAAGUAGCACCAUAUGUACUGUAAAUAACUAUUCUGAUUUGGGGCCAUGGUAAUGUUAAUAGAUGAUUAGAAAACAUGCAUGUUGUAUGUUCCUCAAUUAUUAACUUGGAAUGUAAAAAAUGGGCUAGUUAGAUUUGACAGACUCUAUAACUACGUGCGUGACUUGGAUUGAACACUGUAAAAUUGUAAUCUCAAUUUACCGGAUUCUUGUUGAAACUAGAAAUACGAUCUAACAUGUUGCUUCGAAUUGUAAAAGCAAAUUUCGUAUCAAUGCGUAUGAAUAAAAUAAUACAGAUGUAUAGAAUAUGUUAACUGCAAUGCCUUCUAGUACACCGGUUGUAUAAGGUUUCAGCCACUCCGAGUACAUUGUAACUGUCGAUACGAUAAGUUAUAGUUUGCACAUAGAAAAUAUAUUGUAUAGCUGUCAGUAUGUGGUUGACGUUUCAACCGAUAAAGCGUCUGUAGUGCGGCCAUCUUGCCUCGCAUACUUUAUUUAAAAUGGCGGCGUUAGCAGCGUUGUCAGUUUAAGGGCUGUAGAACAGGGUUUCCCAACCUUUUUGCGUCGAGCCUUUGUAGUGUGGACUAUGUUACACAGCUGACUAAAUACCAGCUCGUGCGGUGGGUACUUAAUUUCAGAGUGUACACUGCAAUUGUACGCAAAGCACUAGUAUGGUAACCACGUGGUCUAUGAGGAUGUAUGAUUUUCGGUAUGUAUUCUAAGAUACGCUCCCAUAGUUUAGUGUGGAUUUUCAAGCGCUCCGAUGCUCUCGAGGUAGGCGGUGGUUGUUAUGUGAUUAAUUUGCAACAAUUUACAUACUUCCGUCGUGGUGCUCGCAAUGAACCCGCUGCCGCGGACCGUCGCUACCUUUCGGGGAAUACCAUACCUUAGCACAAAUCAAUCAGUUUAUUUUGCAAUUAAAGGGGUUGGUUUACAGGUGUUAUGACAAUAUACUCAAGUACACUCCUUAAUUAGCCAUAAUCUAUAGCAUGCAAAAUAUUCACAAUUAUUUACAUAUGUAUGUAAAAAAUACUGAAUUGAAACUUAACUAAAAAGUUUAACUUAAUUAUACAUGUCUUACAUUACAUUAUAAUAUGCAUGAAAUAAUUGAAUUUAUAAAAUAAUUUAAUUUAUAUAAUCUAUGCUCUAUAAGCCACUCGUAUUUUUUUAAAUCAAUUGACAAUCAGGCACUUCUUUUAGCUGUUGUGGUAUUUUAUAUGUAUACACAUCACGGUACAAUUCUUCCUAAAUCGACUUGUUCUUUGUUGUUUGUCAACCACAAGCCGGUUACAAUCUCUUGUGUUCCGUGGAUAAUAUAAUAAAUGCCUAGCAGUUUUAAAAAGUGAUCUGUGCUUUCUUACAAAUUUACCUUUCGGGGAAUACCAUACCUUAGCACAAAUCAAUCAGUUUAUUUUCCAAUUAAAGGGGUUGGUUUACAGGUGUUAUGACAAUAUUCUCAUGUACACUCCUUAAUUAGCCAUAAUAAUAGCAUGCAAAAUAUUCACAAUUAUUUACAUAUGUAUGUAAAAAAUACUGAAUUGAAACUUAACUAGAUUAUACAUGUCUUACAUUACAUUAGAAUAUGCAUGAAUUAAUUUAAUUAAAAAAAAAUCAUUUAAUUUAUAAAAUUAUGCUCUAUAGCCACUCUCGUAUUUUUUUGAUCAAUUGUCAAUCCGGCACUUCUUUGAGCUGUUGUGGUAUUUUAUAUGUUUACACACAUCACGGUACAAUUCUUCCUAAAUCGACUUGUUCUUUGUUGUUUGUCAACCGCCAGCCGGUUACAAGCUCUUGUGUUCCUUGGAUAAUAUAAUAAAUCCCUAGCAGUUUUAAAAAGUGAUCUGUGCUUUCUUACAAAUUUAGACACUUCAAUAUAUAAACAUGGAAGAGGUAGUAUUCCCAAUUUAAAAAACAAAGGUUUACAUGAUCCUAUAGGGUUAAUUCCAAACAUAGCACGAAUACAUUUUUUUUGGACAACAAAUGCUCUGUCACCACCAUUUCCCCAAAUAAUCAAGCCAUAUCUUAAUACAGAUUCAACAUAUCCAUAGUAGGCAGCCAUAAAUGUGUUGUGAUCUGUCGUUUUUCUUAAUCUACGAAGGACAUAUACAAACCUAUUAAUUUUAUAACACACAUUAUUUAUUUGGUAAUUCCAAUUUAAAUUUCUGUCAACAAAUAUUCCUAAAAAUGCUUAUAUAUCGUUUUCUUUUAAUUUAACGCCUUCGCGAGCGUGAUGGCGUCUUUGGACCGUAAUGGGCAUGCAAUAUUUGGUAAGGUCACACUGAAGAGUCAAUUUGUACGUAAAGUUAUCAUUAUCUUUAUUUAUUGGACCUACAAUGUCGAGGUAUAUUUUUUCGAAAGCUAAUUCAGCCGUUGAGGUAAUUACCAUUGGUUGCCUUGUGUGUAAUGAGUAUUUUUGUACAAACAAAGUCUUUGAUAUCCUAGUCCAUGGAAGACCAAAAGUAAUACUUUUUGAUGUUAUUAGUCAUUCUCCUAAUGCCAGUGUGGCCACUAGUUGGCAAGAGUUGGCAGGGUGGGCCAAUGAUAAAUGCAUUAAAAAAAUUAAAUAACGGCGCCAUCGCUCGAAAAUAUGCCGCCAUACCUUUGGCCAAUGCUCGAGUAGAUGGCGCCACUUUUUUAUAUUUAACGAAUUUAAAACAUAUCUGUGAAAGAAUAAGGAUCAAAGUCAAAUGGCGUUCUGAAAGUUUUAAUCGUGUGCGAAAGAUAGCAAAAGAAAUUGAUGAAAUUCUCUUUGCUAAUACUUUCUUUUAAUAUUUAAAAUUAAUUUUCGCAAUCCGUACUCCAACAUAAUAUAACAUUUUUAUGCAAAAUCAUAUACAGGGGAGAAAUUAUUUCAGCAAGGUUUCUUAAAAAUAAAAAACAAUAAUUGGCAAAAGCAACGAAGCGUUUCUGGUCAUCACUGUUUUUGGUUUGGGGUAAGCGAUUAAUACUUUAACUUUAUCAGGGUCGCCAUGUGAUGUGGGAGAUCUGUAAGGGAAACACAAGUUGUUGUCGGUAUGAUGUUUAUUAUAAUACAGUGUAAUUAAGUUGGUACGGUCACGUCUGAAAAUAUCGAUACGAAAAAAGUGCCAAAAAUAUGUAUACAUGCCCAUAUAAUAAGGCAGUGUAUACAUAUUGUUGACACAUUUUUCGUAUCUAAAUUUUCAGACGUGACUGUACAUGCUUGUAUAGUAACGUAACGAACAAUGAGAUGGGAACAUACUCCACACUGCAAGUCCUAAGAGCUAUAAAUUAACCAAGACGUUUCAAGUUUUUGUCUUAUUAUGAUAAAUUUGACCUUUUUACAACCAAACUAAUAUUGUCAUUGAUCAAACUAAGUUCAAUAUGUUUAAUCCGAAUUGGAACAUAUUCCAAGAGUCUGUAAAUAAUGGGUAUUUUUAAGCAUUUGGACUUUUUUUAAAUUGUGGAUACGAUACGAGUGUGUUUAAAGGAUUAGAAUGAGAUUUAAGAUUUUAAAGAGAAAAAAAGGACAAUGGCCAAUCAAAUAAUGUCGCUGUCUGCAAUAAUUUUAUUUUGCACUUCAGGUUGGGUAUUUUUAAACAUAUUAACUUUUAUUUAAAGUGUGGAUACGUCAAUCGAGUAUGUUUAAAAGAUUAGACAGAGAUUAAAGAUUUUAAAGAGAAAAUAAAGAACAAUGGACAAUCAAAUAAUAUAGCUAUCAUCUGCAAUGAUUUUAUUUUCCACUAAAUAACAGCAGUAAUUUUAACCUGCUUGUUAGGGCUAUUCCCAGUAGUUACUACCAAAUUGUUUCCAGUGGUGUAACUACUGGGAUUUUUUUCCCACCUUUACCAGUGAUUACUACUGGGAAAAGGUGGGAUGUUUUUUCCCAGUUGCUACCACCAAAAUUUUGUGAGAGUUAAAUACUAAUAAAAACAAUAGGCAUAGUAGAGUGCUUAGUCAAUAAUUAGAAGUCGAUUACUGUUUCAGUAAACUGCCUCAAAAGUUUUUUGGUUGAUUUGUUUUACUAAAAAUAUCUCAGUAGUUACCACUGGUCCUACUUGAUGGUAACUAGUGGGAAUAACCUAGCGGGCUAGUCAUAGUUAGGGAAGAAAAUUUCGAAAAAUAAUCAAAUGUUUUUGUCGGAAAUUUUACAUAAUUUCGAUUUUUUUUCCUGUUUUUUUUUUUCAGAAAAAUUAAAUACGUCAUACACAAUGCCACUGAUGAGUGAUGACAGUGUCAAAUAUAUUAAAUGCCAGAAACUAACAUAUAAGACGUGCAACCUUAACCUACGUGAUUAAAUUCCCAAUUAAAUUGAUAUGAAAAAUUCAGAAGUAAAAAAAACUUGUUUUUCUCGGUUUUAAUCGUUUUUUUUUAGAGUAUUGUAACUGAAAAUUUGCAUUGUUUGUUUGGAAAUAAACUUGACAAAAAAAACGAGUUUUGGAAAAUUUCCCGUAUUUUUCCGGGUUUUUCGCUAGUCACAGUCACUAGUUAGUUACGUAGGUUUUAUGUACCAACUACGGAUUUUCAAUUCAACGUCAUAACCAUAACUCAUUUAAUGCAAUAACACCUUACGUGUUUAUUCUAUUAGGCGGUACGGAGCGUGGCAAAUAAAUGUACAAAAUUAUACUACAAUGAUUUUGCUUGAGUAUUUAUAAAAUCAUGUUUUGAUAAAACAGAAAAACGUUGGAACUUAUUUUAUGGGAUUAAUUACAUUUAACAAGUAAAAUGUAUUCUUCUCUUUUCCGGUGUUGGAAGUAUUUGUAGAUACAUAGCGGUCACCAGGUGUAUGAUGCAUAAUAUGUCUUCGUCACGCGAUUAGAUAUAUCUUGUUUAUACUGCACAUUUCGUAUGUUUAUAAAAAUUGCAUUAAAAAUACCGGUAUUAAAAAUGCCCUAAAAAGACGGGAUCCAGAUAUUGAAAGCCCUAGUUACUAUCUGAGGAUGACUACAAGUUGUAGUAAUGAACGAAAUUAGAAAAAGUUGUAGGUAAUUGAGUAUGAUCACCAUCCCCAUACUCAUAUGUAGUUGUCACAAUUAUAACCGAUCUUUUUGCAGAAUUGGACGUAGGUGUGUAGAAACAUGCACUUGCACUUAUCUGAUAAAAACUUACUAAAUUAUAUAUCUGUAAAUCGCGGCAUUGUUGCCGCCCGAUAGCAGCCGAUGGGCUAAUUGGCCAAGCGAUAUGCCUCCGGAUAGGUUGUAAAACUGAUUAUGGCAGGUAGUUCCAAAUCUUAGUAUGAUAAAAGUUAUCGCCGCAUAAAGGUAGUGUGAGUUGAGACGUGACUAUAUAUUAUUAUAAGUAUAUAGGUUUUUUUCGACACUACUUUUGUGUUUUGUGUCACGAUAUUUUAGUUGACUAGGGACUUAGCACAGCUGAUAAUUGACUAAUCUGAUGUUUGAAAAAUAGCAGUAAUUUUUUAUUUGAUAUGUCGAUAUUUGGUUGGUUUCUUAUUCGUAUUUAUAUAAUAAAACGUCUAAUAACCGGUGUACUAAAAUACAAUAAAGAAAUCAAAAAUAAUAAUUUAAUUAAUGAAAUGUAAAAUAUAAUCUUGCCAUAAUUUUUUUACACAGAAGUUUGACUAUUCUCCCAUACCAAAAAUGGAGUAUAUAAAAAUAAUAAUUUCCGAUGGUACAUCGCUUAUGCUUAUUGGUUCCAGGGCCAGUGUUCAUUCAAAUGCCCAUCUUCCUUUAGAUUUUUCCUGACAAGGCGUAUAGGAAUACAUUGACAAAGAAUUUAUAAGAAUAUUAUAGUACAUAUGGCGCUUUACCGCGCUAGUGCGAUAAUUAUCACAUUACGUAACUGUCGAAAAUGUAAAACGUUGUACGAUACAUGUGCGAAUAGGCAAUAGGCAAUAUUCUUCUUUAGCUUUGAUAUAAAAACGCAAUAAUGUUGUCAACGUAUUAUUGGGCGAAUCUGUAAAAUAGAUAUGACGUCCACCGUAACAUGUUUAUAGAGUCAGACCAAGAUAGUUGGCAGCGAUUUUGACAGACCAGACAGUGCAAGUGUUCUCUUGAACGACAAACUUCUAUGAAAUUAUGACGUGUACUUAAUACUUGCAUAGGCUGUUGUUGUUGUUGUUGUUGUCCUAAAGCACCCCAGAGGUGCAAAGAGCUUUCACAAGCUCGCGCCACGCCUUCCUAUCUUCAGCUCGUCUUCUGGCCUCGCUCCAGCUCAACCCGACCGCUCGUAGCUCUCUUAGGACGGACCGUUGCCAAGAGUGUACGGGACGCCCGGAGCCACGGCUUCCGUCCGGCGGUUUCCACGCGAAAGCUAUGGUAGCAUUAUUCGUUUCCCCUCUUCGAAUAGUAUGUCCUCUCCAUCUACGUUUCCGUGUCGCAAUUUCUUCGUCAAAGGGUGUUUGUAUAUAUACGGCAUAUACUCUAUAGGUCUUCAUUUCGAAUGGUUUUUGGCCAGAAAACGCGAAGGAUCGACCUGAGGGACUUGUUGACGAAGACCUGAAGUUUAUUAGUUUGGCCUUUAGUCACUCUCCACGUUUCGCAGCCAAAAAGCAAGACAGAUUUCACAAUGGAUUCGAAGAGGGAAAGUUUAACUCGUCGCGUGAGCACAUGACUCCCAAACAGCCUUCAAGACGAACUCCAAAUGAGACCACAGGGCGAGUUCAAGCAAGUGGUGUUCAGCUCCCGGUCUGUGGACUUCAAGACGACAGAUCUGAACAAGGACCAUCUGGCCAUGCUGCAGCAAGACUUGCAGGAGAAAUAUCACCAGACCAAUAACCGGGUGUAUUUUUGGUGGGCGGAAAUGUUAAGAUUAAAAAAAAACAAAAAUUAUCGUUGUGGCAACACUAUUUCGUUCAUUCGCUUUUUGGAAACCGUGUGUCACUUUCGCUCUCUAUAAGUUUCGCACCAAAAGCUGCCUAUUUGCUGGCUUUCGUUAGUUAUCUCGGUAAAUCGGAGUAAUCGUGCUUGAAAUUAUUGAAAAAUUAAGUUUUGUGCCUUGAGAUCGGACGGAGGGACGCUGGAGUUGCGGUAUAUUCAGGCGUGCAGGUAACCUUAGAGGUCUGGUAAGUGCACGAGCUGGUCUCCGGGGCCCUCGCCGCCUGAAAGAGGAGCUGACGACCCCUCUAAACCCAGGUUAGUGCCUAAAAUCUGAAUUUCAAGGCAAUUAAAGCAUUAUUUUGUAGAAUUGCAUUCUUGUAAUAUUUAUUUUCGAUUGAAUCCCCCCAAAAUUUACAGUCCACUGUUUCGAAAUCGCACAUUUAUUAUUACUUCUUUAUCCUGUUGUCGAUGUCUUCAUCCGCUCCACCUUUACAGGAUAGUACGCUCCCCAGGUACACAAACUUUGACACUGAGUCUAGGUUCUCACCCCCCAGCGACAGCGGAUCCGUUGUACUUGAAUUUGACUCGCAUGCUAACUGUCUUACGUCUGUUGAUUCGCAGGCCCAUUCUAUCAGCCUCUUCUUUAAGACUUUCAAGUUUGGCUUCUAGAUGAGCAAGAGUAGGCAAAAUCAACACGAUGUCGUCCGCGUAGUCCAAGUCCUCUAAAACGUUCGUGUCCCAUGGUAUACCUCUCGGUGUCGAUACCACAUUACGCAUGACGUCAUCCAAGAGAAUCACAAAUAAAAGCGGUGAUAGAAGGCACCCUUGCCUUACUCCGGCUGAUAUCUGUAUAGGCGAUCCACGCUCUUUCUCAUGGACCACCCUGCAUGUGCUACCUUCGUAUAAAGAGCGAUAUUUAUUUUAAAUUUAUUAUGCGGACGAAACAGGUAGGGAUACCCCUCCUGCUUAGGCUAGAUCACAACGCGCUCCAUUUCUUGCAUAAGCUGGGCUAUCAAAAUCGCGGCCAACUUAGCUUAGUCUGACCCUACUAAAGUUUGCACUUUAACCCUUAAAAAAUUUAAGUAAAUCAACAAAAAUGGAUAAUUAACUAAUCCAUAACUUUGUAAAAUGUAUGAAUGAUCACAUCUUACAGAUAUCCAGCCCAGUGCAAUUUAUUUUCAUUCGCGACAGUCGUCUUGUCCAACAUGUACCUACUUGUACUUCUAAUUUCGUUUGUAUAGAAUCAAAAUAACUCAUAGCGCUAAUUGAGUAUUGAUAUUAGUAAAAUAAGAAAGGAAUAUUUUUCUAGAAAGAUGCAAUGGCGUUCCGCUAAUUACCAUAUUUCAAUAUGUGAUUAGUUUUGUGUUAAGGCUGCACUAUAUCUGCACUCAAACGAUUCGUCUUCUGUUGUGAUAUGAUAUGAAACGUGUACUUUAAAGCCCAACUUCAUUGACGCCAAGCGAUUAUGAAGCUUAUUGUACUACUUAUAGUGUUUAAAUAUUUUUUUUUUAUUAAAAGCGUUAAUUUAUUGUUUUACGUCUAAUUUUACCUGAAAUUUGGGUAUAGGAUAAAAUGCCAGUGCCACAUUUUAAAGUUAUUCUUCCUAAUAGAAAAAUGUAAUUCUUCAACACAAGACGGAAUCGUCUGAAGUUGCCGGUUCGUAGAACUAUAAAUUUGAAAAUUUUGAAAAUGUGUCUCACUAACUUAUUGUACUCCUUGAAAUUAAAUUCCGUUCCGAUAUUGUGCAAUAAAUUUGCUCAUAUAUUAUGAAAAGCCUUAAACGCGAAGUAGAAAUAUGAAUACUACUAUUGCGUCUAAUCUGUUCUUAUUAUCAUCUACUACGGGGGAGUAGCUUUCGUAUGACGGUUUUUUUUUGUUAAAAAUACAUCAGUACCCCUAGUGUAAAUAAAUUCGAUUUCGAAACGUGACGUACGCGUUUGCGUUUAGUCUCAUUUUGUAUUGGAUUUAGAAAGAGCGCGCCAAGCGGGACGUUUUGGAAACUCAAAAUCCUAUACAAAAUGAGACUUAACGCAAACGCGUUCGUCACGUUUCGAAAUCGAAACUACAAAUUUACACUAGGGGUACUGGUUGCAUGAAGGUAUAACGUUACCCGCGGUGUCAUGCGGAAUGUGAGCUUAGAUAAAUUACCUAUUCUAACACUAAUUAGCUCUUAAGUUUGUCUGUAAAUUUUGUUAGUGGAAAACUUCCAUAAGUAUAAUGUGGUAUCAAAUUUAAUGGAGUCACGUAUGACAUAUUUUCCUGAUAACGUCUCUUAUUUUAUUUUAAAUUUACGAAGGGCGCCCGCUUAGGUUGUGUUUUAUUCAGGCACGAGACGUUCUUCUUCAUCGAAAGCCGCACCAAAUAACUGCUUCGAUGAAGACAGCAAAGCUCAAACUCUAUUUAGCUAUCAUUCCGAAUUCACGAUUAUAUGUAUGAAAGCUGGUCUUUCAGAAUAAUGUUGAAGAAUCACAAGUGAGGUAGCAGGCGAUGUAACUAAGUACUUAUAGUUGAAAAUUGUAAUUUGUGCGGGUUUCGAAGAUAAUGUAAGGAUAAUGAGUGGCGAACGGGAUCUGUGAGGUAGCCAAAUGCCCGAUAUCGUUAGUAUCCGCCUAUUUCUACAUGGGAAGCCAGGAAGCGGCCCUCGCACAGCUCGUACGUGAGUGGAUGGCCGGCGAACUGGGCGUAAUCGCGCUGCUCGCUCCUGGGAACAGUAAGGGAAAACAAAUAUCUCUGUUAUUGUAGUUUUGCUCUAAGGACACCCCUUGUCCGACUAAGGAAGGCUACCAUUGUAAUAGGCAUCCUAUUUUUAGGUAUCUUUAAGUUUUAGAAGUAGCUUCAGCAUGGAACAACGUCAGGCAAAACAUUGUAACAGGCUCGUGUAAGAUUCGUUGGGAUCGAUAUUUUGUAUAUUUAAAAAGUAAUUCAUAAGAAAAAUUAAACUUUAUAUUGAAAUAAGUUUGUUAAAUGGCCCUAGUGAAAAAGGGUACAAGUCUCUGGCAGUUUAGGUGUAUAAGGGCAUAAGUGUUACGUGGAACUUACACCCCUUUACACCUGCGCUGCCAGAGACUUGUACCCUUUUUCACUAGGGCCACAGUAUAUGUACUCCAUUGACUGUUACGAUAUUUUGCUUGUUUAGUAAUUAUUUCUGUAUAUAGUUAGUUGAGUUGAAUCAUUUCGCGAUUUGUAGUGGCAUUUGGACCUUAGUAAUUAUCGUAUUUUUUUUAAUAAGUAAAAAAAAUAAUCAAAAGGCCUCCAAAUGCGCACUACUCUGAGUCACUAAGUAAUGUAAUGUAAAAACAUGUUAUUGUAUUUAACUGAACUAUCAGUGAAUAUUACAAUAAAGAAUAAUGGAAACUUGGGGAGCAAAACUAAACUUGUAUACUUCCGCGAAUUGAUAUUAAUGUUGACGAAUUAAAUGAUAAUUACGAUCGUUGAUUUAUAAAUGCUUUAGAUUUGUUCCUCAAUGAAACUGCCAUCAAAAUUA